AUGGUUGUCGGAAUUCUUGUUGCCCUCGUCGCUGGUGUCGCCAUCUGCCACAGCUGCCACAAGAAGCACCAGCGCAUCGACGCCUUCAAGCGCAACUAUGAGGCGCACAACGGGCCCCUCACCAAGGAGCAGUGGAAGCAGCUGUGUCACGAGCACAAGCAGGCGCUCAAGGCCGAGAAGCACGCGCGCAAGGCCGAGAAGCAUAUGCGCCGCGCCGAGCACCGCCGCGGCUGCUGGCGUACGUCGCUGCCGGCCCCGGUGACCCCGGCGGCCUUUCCGGAGAUGGACGUCAAGUACGCCGACGCCGACGGAUUUCCGGUCGAUCCUGCGAUGCCGACCCAAAGGAUUCAGAUUCCGGUGCAGGGUCCGGAUGAGCCGCCUGCAUAUAUGCAGGGGUCCGUGACUGCACCGCCAGAGAAGAUGUAA